CCAAUCCGUGCCACCACGUGCGACAUCCUCUUAUCAGCCUAAGGGCUAGUUGCCUCCGGCCGCCGGACCAUCGUCCUUAACUGAUACGUACCUGCGGGUGCACAAACUUUUGUGCAUGCAUACAUGCGCCUCCAAUAUAACCCUAAUCACUUCAGCAAUUUUCUCUCACUGAUCUCAUCCAUUCAUCCAUCCAUCCAAUCCUCUCCUCCAAAGGUGGUGAUGGAGAGAGGGUGGAAGCCUAACGUCGAGAGAUCUCCGAAUUGCCCUCGUUGUGGCUCAUGCAACACCAAGUUCUGUUAUUACAACAAUUACAGCUUGACGCAGCCUAGGUACUUCUGCAAAGGUUGCAGAAGAUACUGGACCAAAGGUGGCUCCCUCCGAAACGUCCCUGUUGGGGGCAGCUGCCGGAAAAGCAGACGAGGCAAGUUCAUUCGUAUAUCCACCGAUCAUCGCCAUCAGAACCAUCAAACUCAUCACGCCUCCAGCUCCAAGGGUUUUUCUUAUGAAUCCAGCAUCUCGUCUUCGAGCAUCGACCUUGGGCAAGUUUAUAUCAACUUCUUGAAUCAACCAUCUAAGCAUGCAGCUCAUGAUGAAACACAGACGAUUGAUCAACUUCCAGAGCUGCCAGGCGAAGUUGACCGGAGUAUGCAUCUAGAUCGUUACAGUGUUCAUUCACAGCCUGACAAUGGGCUUUUUGGGGCUUUGGAAACUCAAAACGGGCUUGUUGGUGGGAGGUAUUUCUGCGGACUCGAUUCAAUUCAGAAGCAAGAAGUAAGGAGUAUUAGUGAUCAGUUUACAGGCGAUCGGAUGAUGAUGACCGGUAAUUGUGAGUUGCCGCCGUUACCCGGAGAAGAGCUGGUGGCGCCGCCGGCUAUAGGGUGGCCGAGUCCUGGGCUGAUGCUCUCUCAAGUACAGUGGACUGUGAAUUACCCUCAACUGGGUGCAUGGGAUUGGGCCAGCUGAUCAUCCCCAGAAUAAUUCAGACCUUAAUUACUGGUAAUAAGAGCUCGUUUGAUUUACCCAGUAAUGGAACCCUUUCCAGGGAUCAAAGAAGAAGAAGAAUUUGAGGUCUUCAAUAUGUUAUUGUUCAAUUUAAUACAUUUAAUGUAUAUGAAUAAUGGUAGGAGUCAUAACUGAUGACGGUGUCAUGAAUUAUGUGGUACUUCCUUUUUGGUGGAGGUUAAGAAGAUUAUGUGCCCUUGUCUUCUUUGUCUAACAUCUCCUCUAACGAGGAUGUGACACCGUCAUAAAUGAUA